UUCCCCAGAGAAUUAGCUUGGAUCUUCAACUGACCAAACCUCAUUGUGAAUCCAUUAAUGAACGAGGACAGGGGCUCCUGGUCAGGCUGGUGUUCGGUGGCUUACUGCUUGAAGUCUACAAGCCCCCAUGUCUCCUAGACUAAAAUCUGUACAGCCUAGACUCAGGCCUUGUGAGAAGGCCUCGUGCAGGAAGUAGCUGCACUAGCUCUGAGUGGGCACCUUCCCAGCUCCUUCUUUCAUCCCAGCGUCUAGGCUCUGCUGCACAAACUAGUUACUUCUCUCGAAUCUACAUACUGAUUUACCCCCACAGUACCUUCAAAGCUGCAGUCAGUGGAAGUGAUACUCGUGGCUCUCCCUUGUUGAUGGCCAGAUGCCCCUGUGGGUGCUGUGGAGCCCACUGAUGGGGAAAUCCAGUAGAAUUUAUUGGCUGCAGGGAAUAGGGUGUUGGCCACCUUCCAUUUUUGAGAAAAGACAUGUCCUCUUAAUGCCACACUUGGUCUGUGAGGAUACCACUGGGCCAGACAGCAGCAGCUGGAGCAGCACGUGCAGACCUGCCUUCACUCUGAAAGUUCUAUCAUGACCCAUCACCACGGUGAUGUGAUGAUGCUCACCUUUAAUUCCAACUGUCACUCUCUGAGCCAAUCAAGUGCAGUUUUGUAGCAGCACUCCAGUGAGUAGGUGGUAUGGACACUUCCACAUCUCAGAACAGGGAACCGAGGCACAUUGGGCUUUCUGGAACUCUGUCAGGAACCUGUGGGGAGGAUGAGACAGAAGCUGCCCAGUCCACUUCGAGAAAGAAGAGAUUUAAGAAAGUGCGCUUCUCUCUGCACAACCGGGUAUACCCGAUCAGUGACACAGAAGAAGAUCCCACGGAGGGACCAGCCGAGGACCUUCCCACGGACGAGGCAGAGGAACGUGCCUCAUCUCUCCCUGAGGUGGAUGCUGAGACUAUCCAAAACUCUCCAGUUGAGUCCCUGACUCAGGAAAUUCCCAACUCAGAGGCGGAAGAAGAAACCUCAGCUCUCUCAGGAGGAGGGAGACCAAGAUGGUUUAUCAGACACUUCUCGAGGAGGAAUGUGACUGAUGCACAAGAUUUGUGUCUGGAGAGCAUAGACGGCUCCAGCAGUGGGGAGGAAGACUCGGCAGACAACUCCACGGAUACCGGGGAUUCACGUGAAAGGAGCAACACUGUGCCUCUCUCAAGAAGCAUCCCUUCCACGGACAUCAGGGAAGCAGCGAGGGAAGAAAUAUUUAAGUUGGAAGAAAAGGAGGAACUAGGAACAAGCAGCACAGCAGGACAGUCUGACCUCAUCCCAGAAGCUCCAGAUUCGCCUGAGGUCCUCAGAGAUGGCGAGCCACGAGAUGCCUCGGCCUAGGUAUGCAGCUUCGGUGGGGACUCAGAGGCUGGAAAGGCGUGAACUGGAUGCACCUGGACAGAAGGAGAAGAAACACGCCUGGAGGAUCUGUUCCCCUGGACGUGACAUGGCAGGCCUCCCCAACAAAAGACCUUUGUGCUUCUCACAAGCAGCAUGGAUCCCAGAGGACAUGACAAAGGGACCCUCGGAGAUGGACACCACACCCAGAGCGGGGGGUCCUCAUCACUGCUGAUGAUGGACACUCUGAAAAGGAAGCAAUGAUACAGGCUGUCAGGCAUGCAUUUUUGGGGUGAGACUGGCCACCUGGAACUGCGUUCAGCAAGCAGCCCUCCUGGCUUUCCGCCUGUCUGCUGGAGGGGCUGUUCCUCCUCCAGCUCUCCGGUCCUCCCCUGGGGGGACCUGUCCUCGCAGUGAGCGGCGGCCUGGCUCCCGUGGUCGAGGGCCAACCUGUUUGCAGGGUGGCCACUAAACGCCUCCCGUCUGGGACACAUGUCUGCCUGCCUUGAUUCCAGAGGCUGUCCCAGGAUCCUUCUCAUAACCAUCACUUACCUAUCCCGAUACAAGCUGGUAUUUUGGCAACUAGUAAAAAAGAUCACUGGCUAACUCAUCGGUUGGGAAAAGAGCGUGCAAUACAGUGGAAGCUGCUGGACAACAAGUCUUGUCUGACCCCACACCCCCGUUGGAAAGUCCCGAGUCUCUGACAGUUUGGGUAACUCCUCACCCUUACUUUCCUUAUUUUCUUUGACAAUGUCACAGCAGGGAAAAUACUAUCAUUUUCAAUGUUUAUUAAUGUAUUCCUCACACAAUUUUAAUGAUUAUUAAUAGAACUAUGAGUUAAUACACUUGAUUAAUGUGAUUGUUUCUGCUUUUAUUUGUAAGGCCUUUUAAAUAAUAAGAAUAUCCCAAAUU